UAUUUCUCUCUUCUGUAUUUCUCUUCGGAGGUUAUGGAGACAGAGUCACAGGGUACCCGGUAAACAGGUACUAGUCAGUAGUGUAUAUGGGCAAAGAAUAGGAAGUCUUCGAAUUGGGUUAACAAGCAAACUAAACGUACUUCGCAAUUCGCACUCUGCGAAACCCAAACACUGUCUCCGUCUUGAUGGCUGCGUCGCGAAUCGUGGCCCAUCCUCCGCCCUAUCUCCACCGUCAAUCUCCGCCAUCAGACGCCGCGCCUUCCCUCAACCUCACACUCCUCCCAAAACGGUACCGUAACCUCGGCAUUUGCGCUUCCCUUCGCGGCGAUAAGCCCCACUCCGUCGAACUGCGAGCCACCACCUCCGACGUCGUCGUUUCCCGAGAUCUUCUCUCUCUUCCGCGGCCUUUGUCUUCGACUCAGUUAUCUGCUUCAGUUUCCGAUGGCUCUUGCCUUCGUGUUGCAUAUCAGGGGGUUCAUGGUGCUUAUAGUGAAUCAGCAGCACAGAAGGCCUACCCAAAUUGUGAAGCUGUGCCUUGUGAACAAUUUGAAACCGCAUUUGAUGCUGUUGAAAGGUGGCUUGUGGACAGAGCAGUUUUGCCAAUUGAGAAUUCUUUAGGAGGGAGCAUCCACAGAAAUUAUGACCUUUUACUCCGGCACAGUUUACAUAUAGUAGGAGAAGUAAAUUUUGCAGUUUGUCACUGUUUGAUGGCCAACCAUGGUGUUAAACGUGAGGAUUUAAAACGGGUUCUAAGUCAUCCACAGGCUCUUGCUCAAUGUGAGAACACACUGACGAAAUUUGGAUUGGUGCGAGAAGCAGUUGACGAUACUGCUGGCGCUGCUAAGCAUGUCGCCUACCACAAACUACAAGAUGCAGGAGCAGUUGCUAGUUCUGCUGCAGCAAAGAUCUAUGGCUUGAAUAUACUUGAUCAAGACAUUCAGGAUGACAGUGAUAAUGUCACCCGAUUUUUAAUGUUAGCACGAGAACCUAUAAUUCCAGGCACUGAUAGGCGAUUUAAGACCAGCAUAGUCUUUUCUUUAGAAGAGGGUCCUGGUAUACUUUUCAAAGCCCUUGCUGUUUUUGCUUUGCGUCAGAUUAACCUUACAAAGAUUGAAAGUCGUCCUUUGCGUAACCAACCUCUACGAGCAUCAGAUGAUAGCAACAAUUCCAAGUACUUUGAUUAUCUUUUCUAUGUUGAUUUUGAAACAUCAAUGGCUGAUCAGAGUGCACAAAAUGCCCUAAGGCAUCUAAAGGAAUUUGCUACAUUCUUGCGUGUGCUAGGGAGCUAUCCUGUGGACACUAGCUCGAUGUAAAUAAUCUCCAAAAGAGGACUCCCAAAUAUAAUUACAGUUGUGUGGAGCACAGUUCUUCCGGUGGUCAAAUCAUGCUGAUGGAAAUAGAGUUUGCAUUGCUUCAAUACAAGAUAUAUACAGAAAAUAGUAUCAAAUGUACAAGCUUCUUUAAAUUUUGAUGGGCCUCCCCUGCCGUUAAAUUUAUGUUCUCACAACUAGCAUACAAUGAAUCAACAACUUUUUUUAUUUUAUUAUUACUCACAUGUUAGUUCAAAUAUCUAUUUUCAUUGCCCUUACU